UGAUGUUGUACUACACAAGAGUGGGGCAAAGUGUAUCAAGACUCUGAGAAUCACCGUGGUGAUAGGACGAGAGUCGUGUUUUGCGCUAACCACGCUAGUCAACAUUCACGCGACCCGAACGCGCCUUGCGAUCGGCGUACUCUAGGAUGUAUACACGGCGCACGCCACAUCAACAAUCAACACAACACUCUUACUUUGCAAUACCCACACUUAAAGACACGCGAGGCCCGCCGCUUGAGGAAGACACACGCGACUACCAUCUCUUAUAGUAAACAGCCGACACGAAGUCGCGCAUGCACGUCCAAACCAUGCCUGUAAAGCGAAGAGAAGGUCCAACAAAGCAGCGACAAAUCACUCUGCGUCGAAGCAUCGACCCACUUCCUCUUCUAGCAGCACCCGAACCUACCAAACUGCAAGAGCGUCGCGCAAGCGAAGGGAAGAGCAAGCGGCCACCAAGAUGGCGGGGGCCCCAACACAACAACACUGGCAACAUGCAACAAAGAGCUACAUCAGUCGUGCUACCAGAGUCCAACAUAAAUCCAGCACGUGAUCUCCAAGGAAGACCGUCGCAUCAGCCAUCGCAAUCUCAAAACAUCCAACUUCGGUUCUCCUUCUCCCAAUCGUUCAUUGAUGAUGUGGAGCGACAACUCCAUUCCGAGAAUGAGGCUCGCUUCAACCAAUCCUUCUCCGGCCUCUCCAUGACCCCCAGGCCCAACCAAUCCUUCUCCAGUUCAAGUCCAAGUUCUCACUCCACUGAAAAGGCAUCUCCGGUACAGCAUGUGUCGUCGUCGCAAAGAUCCAUCUACGAAGAGGAGGAGGUCAAAGCUCCCGUAUUGACCAAACCGGGGCACAAGAAGAAGAAGGAAGGCUAUGGCUUCAGUUACUCGGAAACCUUCAUGUACGAUUCAGAUGACUACCCGGAUACGGAGUGCGAGUGGGAUCCAGAUGCAGAAGAAGAGCAAGGGCAGGAGACGACUGAGCCGAAUACGCCAACUACGCCAACGUCAUUUGGCAAUACCUCGUAUCUUCUGAAUUGGGACAGUGGAGAGGAGGUUUCACGGAUAGAUGAUGCGCAACAUGUUGUGCAAUACUCACAGCCGACACAACAGCCAACGCCCCGCCAAAGCUUCAGUUCAUCGACAACCAACGCGCCGUCUUUCGACGACCUCGUCGUCCUUCGCGAUGUAGAUUCCUUCCACCUCGCGCGGCCGCAACGACACCUUCCUUGUACCCACGCAAGUCGAGAGGACACACUUCAACUUAAAGCCCGCGCCCAGGCUCUCCUCUCCAAAUACACCGAAUCCGCCUCCAUUCAACUCUCUCUUCUCACCCGGCUCGAACGUAUGCUGUAUCUUGAGCAAAAGAAACCGGACGCUACGGAAGACAGCGUCACGAAGGCUUUACUUCCUUGUGCGGAGAGAUUGGAGAGAUGGCUGGUGGGGAGUGGAGAGGAGAGGGUGGCGACGGGGGAAUGGAAGGGGGUGGUGGAACAUGAGAUUGAAUGGGUGGGGUGGAUGGUGGAGGCGGGGAGGAGGGGGGUGUUGCAUGUUAGAAGGAGGGGGUGUCGGUGUAGACCGGAAUGGGAGGGGGUUUGAUGGUGGGGUUGAUUGCUUUUAUCCUUCUCUCUGGAAUGCGGCUCUGUGGACUAAUUUGCACUGCAAUCUUUAGCGUGGAAGAGGAGCUGUAUAUGCAAGUCAGAUGCGCCAUGUCUUACCAAAGCUGACAGUACGCCGCUGAACAGCGCCUCGAUUGGCGAGACAACUGAGGCGCAGCCGUUUUCAACUGGAAGCAUAGUUCUUCGACAAGAAGAUUUCCGUUCGUCUCACAUGUGAUAUUCGUCCAUUCUCGAUAUAGUGUUCCACAGGCGUGCGUGUAUUGCUGCUAGCACCCUGCUAUAGUGGGCACUGUGGUUCGUGAUGUUGACCUGGAAUGUGCAUCCACUAACAGUCGUCGAUUGGAGGAACAUCCAGGUCGUUGGAAUCAGCCAUGCGCCUGUGCGGUGGCGUAGUGAUGGCUUUCAAUGCGACGCUAGAGGAUGG